CGCGGACAGCCUUCCUUACUGUUGAGAACCCAUCUGAAGGGCCUUCUGGUGCUCUGGCAGACGAGUGAGUUGAUCAGGGCUCUUGCCUGUAUGCAUUUCUGCGAUAUCAUGUCGCCCCGAUUCCUCUUCCUCCUGAGCCUCUCUGUUGUCGUUUCAAUGGUCAACCCGAGCUCCGCCACCAACGCCGAUGUGCGAUUCGGUAAGAGCAAAGAUGAAUGACAUCCCCGGAUCACAUUUGUCCAUGCUGUCGUCUCUGAUCUUGGUCUCACGGUGCAGGCAGGUACAAUAUGACGGAGUCUGCCGUCGAGUCGGGCCAUCGCAACUACUAUUAUCUCAACUCUACCACCACUCUGUGCUCCAUUGUGGUCUAUGACGUCCCCUUCCAAGUAUCGGAUGACCACACGACUGUCUUGAUGUCCAUCAACCACUUCGGCCGGAGACCGGACCCCACGCAGCCGCUUCGUAAGUAACUGACGGUGCGGGGCGGGGCGGGGCGGACGCAUCCAGGCCUGUUGUCAUCUGGGUGUUGUAUGGUCUGCUUCUUCAGCUGCCAGCACCGGCUGGUUUGACAUCAAUUACAGUGGCGAGGCCAAUGAGGGCUUCGAGGUGUGUGUGAACGACAACACCACACACGUCAAUAGGACUGACGAUGGCAAGGGCAAGGGCGCUGUUGUGCAGUUCGACCACCAUCCUGACCUGCACGUCGACUGGUAUAUUACGUGACAAAACAAACGAUCCAUUCAUGUGUGUCUCUAUGCAUCAUUCUCAAUCCGAUGAUCAAUCAGGUUUGCCUUCCAGGGGAACCCUUUCUCUUUCAGCCAGGGCGGGCGCAUCCGCUUGCCAAAGGUGGGGACCCGGUUCUACGGUGUGGGCUGCCGGUGGAUCAAUUUCUCUCCGCCGUUCAAGGGCUCGCCCCGCCUGCUGGUGGCUCUAGAGCACCAAACGACGGGACGACACCCUUUGAGGCAUCAGGACACUGCUUGGGUGGAGGCGGUCGACCACCAGAGGGCCAGGGUGGGCCUGUGCAAGAUACGCUCUGAUCAUGUCUCUCUAUUGUCGUCGAUCGACGAUUGAUGGAUGGUGUGUUGUCCCUCCCUUCCAGGUGUGCGCUCGAGACGAGCCCAUAUUCGAGACAUCUGGGCAUCGAUCCAUCCACAUCAAUUAUCUGGCAUUUGAUCCAUCCAAACUGCCCAACGAGCCGCACGCGCAGAGCGGCUCGGUCCUGACGGCCUGGCCCAACAGCCCACAGCCUUCCAAGGACAUGCUUGAGACCAUCCACCACCCAUUCGACGCUGUUCACCACCACGGUCAUGGCGAUGACACUCUCUUCCCCAACGCCCCCCACAGGAUAUGCAUCAACGUGACCUUCUCGACGCCUUUUGACAGCGUGCCCUAUGUCUUUGUGACGGCGAGCCACAGGGGCGAGAGGGAGAAGACCAAGGACUUCGAGGCCACGACUGCGUGGGUGGAGGAGCUGAGCGAGCGGGGGUUCAGGGGGUGCGUGACGGAGAUGUGGUACCAUGACGGGCCUCACGAGCCCAUCUGGCUCGAGUGGCUGGCCUUCGACGAUCUCUUCAUGUGGGACCCCAUGCACAAACAGUAAGCAAAGAAGGAGACAGCACACCCACCCGCGCCGUGAACCUUCUCGUGUGUUUGCAGGCGUAUGAUGGGCGUGCGGGGGUCCCUCUUCAUGCGUCUCGAUUACUACUAUUUCACCAGGAGUUCCGUGCCUUUUGCCUCGAGCAUCCAGUCAGCCCUCACCGAGGCCGCAGGUCAGUCAAUAGUCACACGGAAGCCAGAGCUCUCAGUGCAAGACAACGAUCCGUGGUCGUGUGCAGGCAUAGCUGCGGCCCGGGUGAACAUCAAGAACGUGUCCGAUGCCUCCGGGCAGCUGAGUGAUGUGCCCAACCUGAUGAUAGUCGAGUUCGACAUCGCACCGCCAGAAAAUGUAAUGACGCGACGAAAGGUCACGCACACACAUCAUGAUAGACACGCCAUUGGUUCUGACCAAUGAUGGCUGCUGUGUCUCCUUUGCUCCAUGCAGGGCGGCUUGCGCGAGAUGGGCGCAGUGGACGCCAUGCAGAAGAUCGACGACCAGGUGCGGGCAAAACAGACGGAAAGAAUCCAAUGGAGCAAUCCGGCGUUAAGCUGAUCCAUUCAUUGAUGCUGUGCAGAUUGCUCGAGAGACGGGCUCCUUCUGGCAGACCAAGUUCGCAGCAGAGUACCUGUCAGACGCAGUGGUUGCACCAAUCGCACCCAAGAACAACACGGACGGCGCUCCACCCCCUGCAAAGAAGAAGAACAAACGCAGCCCCCCUCCCCUAUCCAGCGGCGCCGGAAAGACCUACCCGCCAUUCAACAUGCCCAAGGCGUGGCUAGAGUACAGGGCGGACUGUGUGGUGGGCCCUUGGACGAUCGACGGCAAAUGCAGCAGCCAAGGGAAGGACAAAUGCGACCGGAUGCAGAGUGAGUUCUCAGCAGACAGGGAGGGAGGGAGAUGGAUGUCUUUGUUGGUCUGGCCGCCUUGCUGCGUGCAGGUGGUUUUUUGCGUCAGCGUCGUGAGAUGGUGCGGCAGAAGUCGACUACAGGGAAGGAGUGCCCACCGCUCACCCGCAAUGUGCCGUGCAACAUUCCACCAUGCUGGGAAGAGGCAGCAGGGGCGACACAAGCAGGUAGCACCUGUGACGUUAGACUGACUGAGACGAACGCCAUGCUACCUCUCUCUCUCUCAACCGUUUGUUUGUUGUGGCUCAGCCGGGGAGAGGAGUCCGGCUGCGGUGUCGUCACAGAUGGGCGGCAGCAGCCGGGAGCCGGUCAGCACGCAGGAAGCUGCUCAGGUAGGCGGCGCACACUGGCACACAGAGACAUGCACAGAUGGCUCGUGAAGGAAGGGAUAAGACGCAAUGUCCACUGUCCAUCAGGCGCAGGAUGAUUUCUCCAGCCAGCAGUCGAUGGGUGGCGACAAUCUUGAGGAGAUCGAGCCGCCCCCCGGCGGCAACAAGGAGAAGAAGAACCCACAUCGCAACCUCAUCGUCGCAGCCAUGUCUGUCGCCGUCAUUCUAGCCAUACCUUGCACCGGCGCCGCGAUACUGGUCAGUCAGUCUUUGACGCCACACGUGAGACACACACAUCCGUCCUUCGUCUCCUCCUGCAGGCGUGUGUGGUCUACUUCUGUCGGUCCAAGGAGCGCGGGCCCGUCAACAUCUGUUCUGCCGAUCCCUCCCAGGUGGACUCCCCCCAGCCCGGCGUCCCCAAGAUGGUGGGCAGGUACCGCCAGCAAGUGGACGACAUCGACAUCACACGGACACAAAGAGACAUCUGCGAUGACGCCGUGCCCCCAGCCAUGCAGACCAAGGACGACCCUGCCCACGACUCAGCCCCAACUUUCAACAGGGAGAGCAGUCUAGACGAGAUCGAAUUGGCCACUCCGGUGGACGCGCAGUUCAAGUAUACCCCAACACGCCUGCCGCCAUUGGGUGUGGCCGCCCAGCAGCAGGCCGCUGCCAGAGAAAGGGGAGAGGCCGGGGGCGUUUCUCUCAUCUAGCAUAGUGACAGCUGGACAGACGGCAUCGUGUGAUUGUUUUGAAGCGUGAAGCGCACGGUCUGUCAGGUGUUUUCUCAGCUAGCUGUGUCGAUGGGAUGGUG